UCCGACUUAUUCGUUCUGCCACCCGAGCGUCCCCAAACAAAAGUCCCGUAACUACGUAAUUCCUUGCCAACAAGAGGCGAUAUCUGUCUUUUAGAUUCCCCCCGCAAUUGCGUUUUUGCAUAAAGGAGAGAGAGAGGGAAGAGAGAGAGAAGAAGGCAAUGAAAGGAAAGGUUAAAAAAGAAAGGACCCGUGGAAGCUUUGAUUGCAUGAUACGCGUUAUGGUAGUGGCCCGACCAAGAAAUGGCUAGUGAUCCUUUCCCUCUGCUUUUCUUCUCUUCUUCAACAAAAUGGCGUUGCUCGCAUUUCAUGAUCUAUAGAAAAACCAAAUCCUAACAAUCUGUCUUUCCCGUUCGGUCACUUUUUCUUGAUUUUUUUUCUUCCCGUCCGAUUUCGUUGUAAAUAUUUUAAGAGAGAGAUGGGAGAGCUAGCCAAGGUUCUGUAUUUAGUUGUGGUGGACGAAGGCGAGAAGAGGGAGAAGGAGACGUCGUCGUUUCGGUACACGCGUCCCGUUCUUCAGAGCACCCUCCAACUCAUGGGCUGCAAAGCCCGUCAUGCCUUUAAGAUUAGCCAGAGGGUUUUUGAAUUGAUUAGAAGCGAACCUUCUUACAACUCUCUACUUCAAGAUGGAAUUGAGAUACUGAAUUCUUGUGGUUUAAAAGGAAACACUGAGAGGGAAGAUGUUCGUCCUACCAAUGGUGACUUUCGUAGAGCAGAGGCAGGCAGCUGUUUAGUUUCAGACAAAGAUGAUGAAAAUAAAAGUAUACCAUUUGAAUUGUAUAAAAGACGUACAUCUGUUUCUGUAAAAAGAGAGACUUUCUUAGAUGUUGUCUGUGAUGCUCUUGCUGAAUAUAAGUAUGUGGGUCCAAACCAGAGGGCUGACUUGGUUUUGGCAUGCAGAAUCCGAGAGAGGAAGGAAUCUGUAACUGUGCUGUUGUGUGGCACUAGCGGUUGUGGCAAAUCUACUUUGUCUUCUUUGCUGGGUAGCAGGUUGGGAAUUACAACUGUGAUUUCAACUGACUCAAUUCGCCACAUGAUGAGGAGUUUUGUAAAUGAGAAGGAAAAUCCUUUACUCUGGGCAUCGACCUACCAUGCUGGGGAGUGUUUGGAUCCUGUGGCAGUUGCAGAAGCAAAGGCUAAAAAAAGAGCAACGAAAAUGGCAGGCAUUGCUCAAUCACUUCCUAAGGGUGAGCUAGGUGAUGGUUCUUCAGCUUGCAAGUCUGAUGCCCGACCAAUAGAAAGUGGUUCUACUAGUACUGAAUUGAUCAAUCCCAAACAAAUGGCAGUUGAAGGAUUUAAGGCACAAAGUGAGAUGGUCAUUGAUAGUCUAGACAGACUGAUUACUGCAUGGGAAGAGAGGAAAGAGUCUGUAGUUGUUGAGGGUGUUCACUUAAGCCUUAAUUUUGUUAUGGGGCUUAUGAGGAAACACCCCUCAAUUAUACCAUUCAUGAUAUACAUUACGAAUGAAGACAAACACUUGGAAAGAUUUGCAGUUCGUGCUAAGUACAUGACAUUGGACCCUGCAAAAAAUAAGUAUGUGAAGUAUAUAAGGAAUAUCAGGACAAUACAAGAUUAUCUAUGCAAACGGGCUGAUAAGCACUUGGUACCAAAAAUAAACAACACAAAUGUUGACAGAAGUGUGGCGGCUAUACAUGCGACAGUUUUCAGUUGCCUCCGCAGGCGUGAAGCUGGGGAGCCACUUUAUGAUCCUAUAACAAAUACGGUUGCUGUAGUUGAUGAGGAAUACCGGAAUCAGUGUACUGCAGCACUGAGCUCCAAGGGAAUGUUUCAGUUGAUCCAGAGGAAUGGUUCUUCCAGGCAACUGAUGGCUCUUCUUAACACUGAUGGAUCUGUUGCAAAAGCUUGGCCAGUCGAAUCAGUUGAUGGUAAUGGAAGGCCUAUCUUUGGUCAUGGGACUGAGGGUGAAAUAGGCAUUCCCUUGUAUGGACCUCUAAAAAUUGGCAAGGCCGAACCCGUUAAUCUUCAAUUUGGUCACUUUGGAAUUAGUGCCUGGCCUAGUGAUGGUGGCACAAGUCGUGCUGGAAGUGUAGAUGAGUCCAGAUGUGAUGGCACUGAUAAUGGCAGUAGAUACCAAUCCUCUUGCUGCAGCUCACCAAGGAUGUCUGAUGGUCCUGCAAAGGAGCGAAAGGAGGAAAAUUCAGUGUAUGGCAGUGAUGAAGAAGUUGACGAUCCACCUGAGGUGGACAGUGAUGAGGAUUUUAGUGAUGAUGGUGAUAAACAGGUCCAUGAAGAGGUAGGCUCCAUUGAUGAGGGCUCAACAAAGUCAGAUGAAGAGUAUGAUGACCUGGCAAUGCAGGAUGUUCAGGAGAAUGGAUACUGGUCAGAUGAUGAUGAAGGCCUUGAUGAUAAGGUAUUGCCAUUUUCUGGGGACCAAGCAACCUGCACAAGAGGGGAUAAAUAUAAAAAGAAUUUGGAUUUCUUCCUUAGGAGUAUAAGUGAACAAUUUUCUGAGCCACUAUUCUCUCACUCUUCGGUUCUUACGGAGAAGAAUGAGAGGGGAUUGGCACCUUUUGGCAAUGUUAAAAUGAGAAAACGCUCCCUCAGCAUUCCAGCCUUGGGAAAGCAUGGAUCAGUAAUUAGUGAUCCCAUACUUUCCGGGGCUUCUCAGUGGAAGCGAAACAAUUUUGUUCUUGGUAUUUGAUGUUUUCUUUAUAUCCCUUU